CCCCUCCAAAUCAGAACCCGGUCAUCGUCUGGCUGUUACGCAUAGUUACCAGACAGAUCCAGUCUCGACUCCAUUGCUUCCCCUUCAUUCCCCCAGAUCUCUUCUCGCCGUUUCAACUUUCAACAAUCCUAUUGUUUCCCCUUCGUCUCCGUGAUCGCUCCAUUGAUCAAUCGUGCCCGACUCACGAUUCCUUGCCUCCUGGUUCUGAAUCUCUCCCCGCCUCUCUUUUUGCAUUGAGAUUCGCUCCACUCCACUCGUUUCACUGAAUGCGUUCGACUGCCUCCGAGCUGCGAAUGCUGCGAAUUCCUCGUUGAUUUGUCUGAUUUGGGUUCAAGGGGAGAAGAAAUGGCAGCUGGCGGCUUCGUCAACCGAGCAUUCGAUACCAUUCUCAAGGAAUGCUCCGGCAAGAAGUUUCCUGAUCUUCAAAAGUCUAUUCGAACAUAUCUAGAUAGUACAAAAGAGAUCACCCAGAAACCGAAGGCUGGUGAGACCAGCGAGACAGAUUCGUCAACUGGAGAUGUUAGUUCGCAUGAGCCAGAAAGUGGAGUAAAAUCUGCAGGAGAAACUGAGCAGGCACAUAAUGAUCCACAUUCUGCUCAGGAGGCGAAGCCAGUAAGCAUCAGUCGAACUAUUUCGACUGCCUUGGCAAGUGCUGGCCACACUUUAGAUGGAUCUGAAGCAGAGCUUGUUUUGGACCCUCUCCGAUUGGCAUUUGAGACGAAGAGUCUGAAAAUCUUAGAGCCGGCCUUGGAUUGCCUUCAUAAACUUAUCGCGUAUGAUCACUUAGAGGGUGAUCCUGGUUUAGAUGGUGGCCAAAAUGUCCCUUUGUUUACUGACAUUUUGAAUAUGGUUUGCAAUUGCGUUGACAAUUCAUCCCCUGACAGUACAAUUCUGCAAGUGUUGAAGGUACUCCUAACUGCAGUAGCAUCCACAAAGUUUAGAGUACACGGGGAGUCUUUGUUAGGAGUUAUCAGAAUAUGCUACAACAUAGCUCUUCACAGCAAGAGCCCCAUCAAUCAAGCAACGUCAAAGGCCAUGUUGACACAGAUGAUCAGCAUUGUUUUCAGAAGAAUGGAAACUGACCCUGUUUCCGCAUCAUUAGGUUCUGGAAACCAAGAAACUACUUCAGCUGUAAAAUCAGAUGUGAAAGUUGACGAAAUUUCGUCUUCUGACCAAAAUGAGGAAGGAAUGACUCUGGGAGAUGCACUCAAUCAGGCCAAAGACACAUCUCUUGCAUCUGUUGAGGAGCUUCAAAAUCUCGCUGGUGGCGCUGAUAUCAAGGGUUUAGAGGCUGUUCUAGACAAAGCUGUGCACAUUGAAGAUGGCAAAAAGAUAACUAGAGGGAUAGACCUUGAGAGUAUGAACAUUGGUGAACGUGAUGCAUUACUGGUAUUCCGCACACUUUGCAAGAUGGGUAUGAAGGAAGACAGUGAUGAAGUUACAACGAAGACCAGAAUUCUCUCUUUGGAGCUUCUGCAGGGUCUGCUGGAAGGAGUUAGUGAUUCGUUUUUGAAAAAUAAUCAUUUUAUAGAUUCAGUGAAAGCAUAUCUAUCAUAUGCUCUGUUACGAGCAUCGGUGUCACAAUCACCUGUAAUAUUCCAGUAUGCAACUGGAAUCUUCUCAGUUCUUUUGCUGCGAUUCCGUGAAAGUCUUAAAGGUGAAGUUGGUGUCUUUUUUCCAUUGAUAGUUUUGCGAUCACUGGAUGGCUCAGAGUCUACCGUUAAUCAAAAGACAAGUGUUCUUAGGAUGCUUGAGAAGGUCUGCAAGAAUCCUCAAAUGCUUGUUGAUGUGUAUGUGAACUAUGACUGUGAUCUUGAAGCACCAAACUUGUUCGAAAGAAUGGUGACUGCACUGUCAAAACUAGCCCAAGGGACUCAAAGUACAGAUCCCAAUUCUGUUGCUAUGGCACAGACUACCUUAGUUAAAGGUUCAUCGUUGCAGUGUCUAGUAAACGUGCUUAAAUCACUGUUUGACUGGGAAAAAGCAUGCCGUGAGCAGAAGAAGAGUAAAAACGCUCAUGCAUCUCAAGAAGAGAUUUUAGCCAGAGAAUCUGUUGAGAUAAAAAGUAGGGAGGAGGCUAAUGACUUUGAGAAAGCAAAGGCUCAUAAAUCUACAUUGGAAGCUGCAAUAUCUGAGUUCAAUAGGAAGCCAUCAAAAGGCAUAGAGUAUUUGAUAGCCAAUAAGUUGGUGGAAAAUAAGCCUGCAUGCAUUGCUGAAUUUCUUAGGAACACUCCUAGUUUAUCCAAGGUAAUGGUUGGUGACUAUUUGGGCCAACACGAGGAGUUUCCCCUUGCUGUCAUGCAUGCUUAUGUGGACGGAAUGAACUUUGCUGGAAUGAAGUUUGAUGCAGCAAUUCGUGAGUAUCUGAAAAGUUUCCGACUGCCAGGAGAAGCUCAGAAGAUUGAUCGUUUUAUGGAGAAAUUUGCUGAAAGAUAUUGUGCUGACAACCCAGGUCUUUUCAAAAAUCCGGACACUGCGUAUGUUCUGGCAUAUGCAGUUAUAAUGUUGAAUACCGAUGCCCACAACCCAAUGGUGUGGCCUAAAAUGUCAAAGUCAGAUUUUGUGAGAAAUAAUAUCAUGGAUAAUUCUGAAGAUAGUGCACCAACAGAUUUGCUGGAAGAGAUUUAUGAUUCUAUUGUGAAAGAAGAGAUUAAAUUGAAAGAUGAUACAGAUAGUAUUGGGAAAAGCAAACUCAAACCUGAAGGAGAAGAGAGAGGUCGCCUGGUCAAUAUUCUUAAUCUGGGCCUGCCUAAGAGAAAGUCAUCUAAUGAUGUUAAAUCUGAGAGUGAAGCGAUCGUUCGGCAAACACAGGCAUUUUUCAGGAAGCAAGGAGCACGAAGAGGGGUUUUUCAUACAGUUAAACGGGUUGAAAUUGUAAGGCCCAUGGUUGAAGCUGUAGGAUGGCCUUUGCUUGCUACCUUCUCGGUCAUUAUGGAAGAAGGGGAAAAUAAACCAAGAGUUGUUGCCUGUAUGGAGGGAUUCAAAGCUAUAAUAUGCAUAACUUAUGUUCUUGGAAUGGAUACCAUGCGCUAUGCUUUCUUAACGUCCCUUAUCCGAUUUACUUUCCUGCAUGCCCCAAGAGACAUGCGUAGUAAAAAUGUUGAAGCAUUACGGACACUGCUUUCACUGUGCGACUCAGAAGCUGAUUCCAUUCAAGACACGUGGAAUGCAGUUCUGGAGUGUACCUCUCGCCUUGAAUAUAUCACUUCCACUCCAGCUAUUGCUGCCAGUGUGAUGCAGGGGUCUAAUCAGAUAUCCAAGGAUGCUGUUCUUACCUCCCUCAGAGAGCUGGCUGGGAAACCGGCUGAACAAGUCUUCAUCAAUAGCGUUAGAUUGCCUGGUACUUCCAUAACAGAGUUCUUUACUGCUCUUUGUGGCGUAUCAGCUGAAGAGUUAAAGCAGGUCCCUGCACGUGUAUUCAGUUUGCAGAAGCUUGUUGAGAUAAGCUAUUACAAUAUGUCUCGGAUCCGCAUGGUGUGGGCUAAAAUUUGGUCUGUGCUGGCAAAUCAUUUUAUUUAUGCUGGGAGCCAUCACGAGGAAAAAGUUGCUAUGUAUGCUAUAGAUUCUCUACGGCAGCUUGGGAUGAAGUAUCUGGAACGUGAAGAACUUGCAAACUUCACUUUCCAAAAUGACAUUCUGAAACCAUUUGUUGUUCUUAUGCGUAAUAGUCGAAGCGAAUCCAUAAGAAGCUUAAUUGUUGACUGUAUUGUUCAGAUGAUAAAAUCUAAAGUGGGAAGCAUUAAGUCUGGAUGGCGUAGUGUUUUCAUGAUCUUCACAGCUGCUGCAGAUGAUGAACAAGAAUCAAUUGUUGAAAGGGCCUUUGAAAAUGUUGAACAGGUUGUCUUGGAGCACUUUGAUCAGGUGGUUGGAGAUUGCUUCAUGGACUGCGUCAACUGUCUUAUCAGAUUUGCAAAUAACAAAAGUUCCCAUCGUAUAAGUCUUAAGGCCAUUGCACUUCUCCGCAUUUGUGAGGAUCGGUUGGCAGAGGGUCUCAUUCCUGGUGGUGCUCUGAAGCCCAUUGAUGUUGAGACAACUUUUGAUGUAACUGAGCAUUAUUGGUUUCCCAUGCUGGCUGGUCUAUCUGAUUUAACAUCAGAUCAAAGACCUGAAGUCAGGAGUUGUGCUUUAGAAGUUCUCUUCGAUUUGCUGAAUGAGAGGGGUAGCAAGUUCUCAACAUCAUUUUGGGAAAGCAUUUUCCACCGUGUCUUAUUUCCUAUUUUCGACCACGUGAGACAUGCUGGGAAAGAGAGCUUGUUCUCCUCAGAAGACGAAUGGUUUAGGGAAACCAGUAUACAUUCCCUUCAGUUGCUGUGCAACCUUUUCAACACCUUCUACAAGGAGGUUUGUUUCAUGCUUCCACCACUUCUGAGUUUGCUUCUAGACUGUGCAAAGAAGACUGAUCAAACUGUUGUGUCCAUUUCUUUGGGUGCACUGGUGCAUCUCAUAGAAGUUGGAGGCCAUCAGUUUAGUGAAAAUGAUUGGGAUACAUUAUUGAAAAGCAUAAGGGAUGCCUCAUACACAACCCAACCCCUUGAGCUGCUGAAUGCUGUUGGUUAUGAGAAUCCAAGAAGCCCGGCAAUGAAAGUUGAUCCCGAGGUUAACAGGGAAGAUGAUGCAGGUAACAGUCAGCCUGAUGCCAGUGAUACAGGGAGGACAUCUCCCUUGCCAUCACCGAAGAUGGAUGCUCAGGGUAUGGGUGGUAAUGUCAAUGCACGCAUGCUCCUCAAUCAUAGUCAAGAACCUGGCUCACAAAGUAAAGUUGAUGGAUCUGAGGGUCUUCCAUCUCCAUCUGGAAGAGCACAUAAACCUGAGACCCUGCAGCGUACUCAAACUUUGGGUCAGAAAAUUAUGGGGAAUGUGAUGGACAAUCUGUUCCUCAGAAAUCUUACCUCCAAAUCCAGGGCUCCUCCUCCGGAUGCCUCUGCACCAUCUUCUCCUAUUCAGGUUCCUGAAGCUGUGGAGUCGGAUAUCAGAGAUGAAGAAGAAAGCCCACUGAUGGCUGCCAUUAGGGGCAAGUGCAUCACUCAACUAUUGCUUCUUGGAGCUAUUGAUGGUAUACAGAAGAAGUACUGGAGCAAGUUGGUGGCACAACAGAAGGUUGCUAUAAUGGAUGUUCUGUUAUCUAUGUUAGAGUUUGCCGCUUCAUACAAUUCAUAUCCCACCCUCAGAAUGCGUAUGCACCAUGUUCCAGAUGAAAGGCCUCCUCUUAAUCUCCUUCGCCAAGAAUUGGUUGGUACAAGCGUUUACCUAGACGUGUUACAGAAAACUACUUCAGAUUUAGAUACAAACAAGGAGCAAAAAGUGGAAUCACUGACAGAAAAUGGUUCAAGUCCCAGUGGACAAUCUAGUUGGGAAGAGAAGCUUCAAGGGAUAGCAGAGGAAAAAUUGGUUUCAUUCUGUGAGCAGGUACUGAGAGAUGCAUCCGAACUUCAGUCUGGUGUAGGAGAACCAACAAACAUGGACAUUCAUCGAGUUCUAGAGUUACGCUCACCCGUCAUUGUUCGGGUGCUUAAAGGCAUGUGCUACAUGAACCACCAGAUCUUCAAGAGACAUCUACGAGAGUUCUAUCCGUUGCUGACAAAGCUUGUUUGUUGUGAUCAGUUGGAUGUUCGUGGAGCGCUUGGUGAUCUUUUCAGGAUGCAAUUGAAAGCUCUACUGCCAUAGUGAAGGACAAACCUAUACUGCUGACUGCUGCUACUUUGGUUCUGCUGGAAGGGCAGGAAUUGCUUCCGUGCACGUUGAAUACGAAAAAAAGACCUUGUACACUGUGUCAAAAGUAUUUUCAUUAUGCAAUGCUAUGUAGAAUGCAUUUGAUGUUACAUUAUCCCAUGCCAAAUUUUUUCCAUCUGUAGCUACCUUAAAUUUUGUUAUAGCAAGUUUGUCAAGUAGAAGAGUUCUUAUGCUUUAAACAUGAUGGAAUUUUAGUUUCUUGUUCCCAAAAGAGAGGCCCCAAGACAAAGAUAACGCUUAUUGUUGUAUUCAACUCAUUAUGUUCUUACAGAGAUCGAGAUUACGACGGCAAGAAAGUACAAAACUAAGUGACAUCCAGAUUUGCGUUUCCGUCGCGUGGACUCUUACCAACAAUGGGCUCGUGUUCUAUAUAUUACCCCUUCGUGGAGUAGUAAAGCAUCUCUUUGACACUGGUACCACUCUACACUUCUAACUACAGCAGGAAGAGAAAUCGGAACCUUGAAUCGAAAGGCAAGAUGGAGAAGCUUCGUGCGCCCAGCAGCUUCCACUUGCGGUUGGAUGAGCAGUCUUUCACCAUGGCAGCUUGCUCUGCUGUGAGCAACUCAGUUAGCCACUCUGGCAAUUGUGAAUCGUCCACCAUUCCUUUUGCGAAACAAUGCAGCAACUUUGGCACCAAUAUCUUGCCCUUGCUGCCUAUCCCAGUCGAUGCUUGUGCAUAAUCCUUCAAUGAGGUCUGAAGCAUUUCAUUUACAUUAUCGGGCUUGUAGAUCCGCACCUAUUCAUC